UUCAAUUUGUAAAUAUUAAUUAAUUUGUAAAUAUUAAUUAAUUUAUCAGUUUUGUGAUCUAAUUGAUUAGUUUAAUAUCAUUUGUAAAAUAUUUUCUUUUUUAAAUUCAGUUUUAAAUUUUUAAAUGAUGAAAUUGUGAAAAUUAAUUAAUCUAAACUCUAUUAAUAUGUAAAAAUGUGUAAAAUAAUUGUCGGAAAAUCAGUUUAAAAUGAUUUUAUUUUUAAAAAAUUGUCGUAAAAUGAUAAAACAAAUCAUUACAUAAUGGAAGAGGGAAAAAACGAACCCGUAACACCAACAAAAAAGAAACGAAAACUCAAACAAAGACAAUUCUCAGAAUCGGAUGAUGAGAGGACCGAGAGUAAAGAUGAAAUACGUAUUAAAAAACAAGUUUUACUAUCACUAGAAUCGCUACACUCUUUCUAUCAAAUCUCACAAAAUUUGCUGGGUAGAUUACUGUGUGAGAUGUGUAAUGAGAAGUUGAUGUGUGACGUGGGUUGUGUGAAGAUAACGCGUACGUUUGGUGACUUGGCGGAGUUUAAAAAAAUCGACCAAUUCCACAAGUUAAAAAAUUAUCAACAGUGUGGCGUACACUGGCUAUCAAUCAUUCAUAAAUCCAAUCUCUCCUCAGCCAUACUCGCAGAUGAAAUGGGAUUAGGUAAGACAGUACAAGUGUGCGUAUUCCUACAAUACCUCUACAACCAAUACAACAACACUAUCACCACCGCUGACUCACCUAAGGAUACCAAUCACACUGAUACUAACUCACCUGACAGUACAGACACACCUGAUGAUGAUGAUACGGUGGGAUUACGGAUGUAUAUAAUAAUAGUGCCUUUGAACAUAAUGUAUAAUUGGUAUAACGAGUUUAGGGUCUGGACCAAUAUUAAGAACAUCCUCAUCUACCACGGAUCGCAAUCUCAACGACUCAACACCAUCCAAUACCUUCUCAAUCUGCACCAUCAACAAUCUACUAACCGUGGGAACUCUGGGAACACUGUAAACUCAGGGAAUAGAGUGGAUGGGUUUAUAGUAAUGAUAACGACGUUUGGAAUGAUGAAUGAUGAUAUAAGAUUGAUGAGGCGUUUGCAGCCUUUUGAGUAUUUGAUAAUUGACGAGGCGCACUUGAUCAAAAACUCCAACUCUAACACUUAUAAAAAGCUUUACAACUGCCAAUUCAAUCAUAAACUUCUUCUCACUGGAACGCCGAUACAGAAUAGUAUGGACGAGUUGUGUAACUUGUUACAGUUUUCAAUGAGUGACGUGUUCAACUCCUACGACAUUAACAACGCAAUCUACAACAUCAUCCACAACCAAUCUCUCGUCAAAUCAUUCACACAACACACACAUUUCAUUCAACACCUCAAUCAACAUAAUAGUAAUUCUGUAAAUAAUAGUAAUAUUGUGGAGAAUGUGGAAGAUGGUGAGAAUGUGGAGAAUACUGUAGAAAAUGUGGAAGAUGUAGAUGGUGAGGAUGUGUCUGAGGAUACAACUGGUGCAGCUGGACCUUUCACCGUAACGGAGGAAAUAAAAACGAGUAUAAACAAUAUAAUAGAAAAGAAUAACAAAAAGUAUAUAAUAAGCAAAGAGUUGAGAGUGUUACAAAAGCUGACAACGCCGUUCAUCCUGAGAAGGCUAAAGAAAGAUGUCAUCAACGAAUUACCCGUCAAACACUCCAAUUACAUACCCUGCCAAAUGAACACUUUUCAAUCUCACAUCUAUCACUCAUCCGUAACCACUCUUAAUAGUAUGAAUAGUACUAAUAAUACUAUGAAUAGUACUAAUAAUACUAUGAAUAGUACUAAUGGUAUUAAUGGUACUGGUGUAGAUAUUAUGGAGGGUAUGGGUGAUGGUACUGAGGAUGAAAUUAAAGACAGUUCGGCGGAUACCGUAGACAAUAGUAAUACUGUAGAAGAUGUAAACACUGUAGAGAGUGUGGAAGAUGUAAAGAAUACUGUAGAGAAUGUGGAGAGUGUGGAGAAUGAAGAUGCCGUGGGACCUGUCACCGUAACGGAGAUGAACAAAAUAUAUAAACUGAGAAGAAUAUGUAAUCAUCCGUUAUUAGUAAGGAUAAUAUAUGAAGAUAACUUAAUCCCAGCUAUAGCCCACCUCAUCAAAAAGUUACAUCCAGACUUCAGUGAAUACAACACCACAAAGAUCACAGAAUAUCUCACCACACUCUCCGAUUUCACAAUUCACCAACUUCUUACACAAUGUACCACCACGUUGGAUCUGAGUGUACGGACAAAGUUGGAUGUGCUAAUCUCCAGAGUACCUGAGGAAUUAUAUUUUGAGAGUACAAAAGUCCAGAAGAUGCUGGAAAUCCUGAGUAACAUAAUGGAAAGAAAUGAGAAGGUAUUAAUAUUCUCACAGUUUACGAACUAUCUUGACAUAAUUCAACACGUUCUGAGGUUAAGGGAAAUUACGCCGGUACUGCGUCUGGACGGGACAGUGUCGCUCACUGACCGGGACACCAUCAUUAACACGUUCAACACUGACGCCGUGUCAAUCCUAUUAAUAAGUGUGAAGGUGGGGAAUGUGGGAUUGAACCUAUCAGUGGCUAACAAUGUGAUACUGAUGGACCAGAGCUGGAACCCGUACAAUGACAUACAGGCGGAGGACAGAUGUCACAGAAUAGGACAACAAAAAAUUGUCAACAUUUAUAAACUAUUCGUCAAGGAUACUAUUGAAGAAUAUAUCAUCGUUAAGUCACAUAAUAAAUUACAUCUCAACUCACUCUUCAAUCAUUAA